AUGGGGCCAGAUGACACCACUAGUGGAUACGCCAAGUACCCCAAGGAGGACAGAUCUCUCCUGGUGGUGAAAUGUCAGAACAUUCUGUCUGUCAGACUGUCUCAGAGUCACCAGCAAAACUUGGUCUCACCUUGGCGUGGGUGCUUGUUUAUCAGUUUAUGUAUCUUUACAGGAAAUCAAGUCCUGCCUAUCGAGGAAGAGUAUACUGAAAGCAGUAUUCAAAAGAGAAAAAGAAAAAAGAAGAAGAAGACCCACCCCCAGCCUGAAAAUUCAGGCCCAGGGGUUGGAGCCCCAUCCCCAGAACAGAAUAAGGGCAAGGAGCCAGAGGCCAUGCAGAGGAAAGCCCAGAAGGCGAAUGUGGCCGAGGUGGGCUCAGAGGCUACAUCCAGCACUGGGGAGGAGAGUGGUUCUGAGCACCCCCCUGUGGUCCCCAUACACAAUAAAAGGAAACGACCGCGGAAGAAGAGCCUGAGGACCCGCGGGGAGAUCCCGGAAUUAGCAGCGUUGCCUCCAGAGGACAUGUCUCAGAGUAGCCCAAGCAAUGGGCAGCCUCAGGGACCUGUUAUCAGAGGUUCCCUGACAGGUGGAGCCCAGGUCCUGAAAAAGAAGCGGAAGCUCAGAGUUGCUUCAAUCAGUGGCAACGGCCUGUCCACGCUGGCCUGGCCUCUGGUGCAAAAGGAAGCCUCUCUAGCAAGACCCAUGGAGGGAGGGAGCAGCCAGGUCACCCUGUUCCAGUGCAGAAGGCUACAGAAAAAAAAGGCAGAGCCCAGCAGCCUUGAUCUCUGUGACCUGUCCAAUCAGAAAACGGCAAUCUUGAAAAAGAGGAAGAAAAUGAGAGAGAUGUCAACUUUGGUAGAACACAACGGAGUGCUGGAAUCUGAAGUCAGGCAAACCCAGGCUCUGGGAAGCAGCGGGACUUUUGGCCCUUUGAAGAAGCAACAGCUGAGGACAGAGAAUGACUUCGUGAAGUUUGACACCCUCUUCUCGCCAAAGCCCCUGUUCUUCAGGAAAGCGAAGAGUAACCCUUCCACCUACUCUCCAGGUCCUGCCGUCCAGCUAAGUAAGACACCGUCCAGCUCCAAGAAAGUCACCUUUGGGUUGAACAGAAACAUGACUGCAGAAUUCAAGAAGACAGACAAGAGUAUCUUGGUCAGUCCCACGGGCCCCUCCCGAGUGGCAUUCAACCCAGAGCAGAGGCCCCUCCACGGAGUGCUGAAGACCCCCACCAGCUCACCUGCCAGCACACCCCUGGCCAUCAAGAAGCCGCUGACCAUCACUCCCAAGAGAAGGCCGACGGCCAUGGAUUUCUUCUGAGGAUUAUAGCCGAGUCCAUUUUUAAAGACUGCUUUUGUACAAAAUAUUCUAUAAAUUAUAACUUUGAGAAUGUAGGGCCUUUUUUAUUAUUUUAUAAAUUCCAAAGUCAUGUAUCGAGAUUCUGAAUGUG